AUGGAGCAGAUUUGGGGACCAUCUGUGAAGAUGGAAGCGGAGGUCUCUGAGGAGGAAGGGUGUCUCUUGGAGGAAGAGCAGAAGGUGCAGGCCCAGGAGCGUGCCCAAGACACCCUCUCACACGGCAGUGAAGAGACGGUGUUGAGCCGUCACCUUUGUGGAGGAGUGGAAAUGGCUGCUGCCCCUGCAGUCCAGGGUCCUUUUUCCUUCGAGGAGGUGGCUGUGUUUUUCACCGAGGCUGAGUGGGCCCUGCUGGAUCCAGACCAAAGAGGUCUCUACAGAGAUGUUGAGGGGUCAGUUGGGGAAUUUCACGGGUUCUCACUGGAAAAAGCCAAGAUUGAAGAGACUGAAGGAAACUUCGAGAACAGAGAUGAACCACAGAGGCAGGAAGGAAACCGUACACUGAAAAGGGGGGUUAAGACCAUUCCUCGCCAAGGAAGCAGCUUCCAUGAAAUCCCUGUCUGUGGCCGUCACCGACGGACUCUUUCAGGAAUGAAACUGUUCAUCUGUUCAGAGAAUGAAAUGACAUUCUCCGGUCAAAGGAAGGCAUAUAAAUGCCGUUAUUGUGGAAAGUACUUCAGAUACAGAACACAGCUUUUAGUACACCAAAGAAUACACACAGUACAGAAACAUGUUGAAUUCUCAAAACCUUUUGAAUGCUCAGACUGUGGAAAGAGAUUCCAUUUGAGUUCCAUUCUUCAGCAGCAUCAGAGAACUCACACUGUGGAGAAAACUUUUGAAUGCUCAGAGUGUGGGAAGAAAUUCAGUCAGCGUGGCCAUCUUCAGAAUAAUCAAAGAACCCAUACAGAGGAGAAACAGUUUGAAUGCUCAGAGUGUGGAAAGAGAUUCAGUGCAAAUUAUGGUCUUCAACAGCAUAAGAGAACCCACACAGGGGAGAAACCAUUUGAAUGCUCAGAGUGUGGAAAGAGAUUCAAUGCAAAUUGUGGUCUUCAACAGCAUAAGAGAACCCACACAGGGGAGAAACCGUUUGAAUGCUCAGAGUGUGGAAAGAGAUUCAGUGCAAAUUAUGGUCUUCAACAGCAUAAGAGAACCCACACAGGGGAGAAACCUUUUCAAUGCUCAGAGUGUGGAAAGAGAUUCAGUGCAAAUUAUGGUCUUCAACAGCAUAAGAGAACCCACACAGGGGAGAAACCUUUUCAAUGUUCAGAGUGCGGAAAGAGAUUCAUUUGUAGUAGUGAUCUUCAACGGCAUCAGAGAACUCAUACUGGGGAGAAACCUUUUGAAUGCUUAGAGUGUGGAAAGAGAUUCAGUGUGAGUUCCAGUCUUCAAAGGCAUCAGAGAACCCACACAGGGGAGAAACCUUUGGAAUGCUCAGAGUGUGGAAAGAGAUUCAGCUGGAGUGGCACUCUUCAGCAGCAUCAGAGUACCCACACUGGGGAGAAACCUUUUGUAUGCUCAGAGUGUGGAAAGAGAUUCGGUGUGAAUUCCAGUCUUCAAAAGCAUCUAAGAACCCACACAGGGAAGAAGACCUUUGAAUGCUCACAGUGUGGAAUGAGAUUCAGUGUGAGUUCCAGUCUUCAGAGGCAUCAGAGAACCCACACAGGGGAGAAACCUUUUGAAUGCUCAGAAUGUGGAAAGAGAUUCAGUCAGAGUUCCAGUCUUCAGCUGCAUCAGAGAACCCACACAGGGGAGAAACCUUUUGAAUGCUCAGUGUGGAAGGAUCUUGCGUCACAGUUGCAUUCUUCACCCCGAGCCAGAGUCCUUUGUGUAGAUCAGGUAUCACCUUAG